CUACUGCCCUCUUGUAAAGCCAAUUUCAUAAAACCCGCGGGAAUAACAUAACGAGGUUCGUUUCUCUCCCCCGCCUUUCAUCAGCAGCUCACCGGCUCAACCUCGUCGUCCGAUGCCACCAUCUAAGCCGUCAGUUAAUGAGAACUGAGUAAGGAGAAAUCUUACUGCAUGAUUUUUGCUUCUUAACAUGGAUCAGAGCAAUCCAGAAGUGGAGCCAAUAAGGGCUUUACAAACUGCUACAAAAAUAAACAAUGAAAUGGCUGUGAAAAAGAUGCCCUCUAGAACUGCACAAAUUCGUCUGGUGAGUUCACAUGAGGAGGUCUAUGAACCGUGUGAUGAUUCUUUUGCAUUGGUUGAUGCUCUUCUAGCUGACCGCCAUAACUUGUUGAAGCAUUGCCCUACAUUGUGUAUGGAGAUAGGUUGUGGUAGUGGAUAUGUAAUUACUUCCCUAGCUCUUAUGCUUGGACAGGAAGGUCUUGCUAUCAACUAUAUUGCAACAGACAUCAACCCACAAGCAGUACGGGUGACACGGGAGACACUGGAUGCACAUGGGGUUGAUGCUGAGUUGAUAAUCACAGAUAUUGCAUCAGGACUAGAGAAGCGUUUAGCAGGAUUGGUUGAUGUCAUCGUUGUGAACCCUCCAUAUGUGCCUACCCCCGAAGACGAAGUAGGUGUUGGGGGUAUUGCUGCUUCUUGGGCUGGUGGGGAGAAUGGCCGGAGUGUUAUUGAUAAGAUAUUGCCAGUUGCAGAUGAUCUUUUGUCAGAAAAGGGAUGGUUGUACAUGGUCACUCUCACAGCAAACAACCCCUCUGAGAUAUGCCUUCAUAUGAGGGAGAAAGGAUAUGCAUCUAGGAUUGUCAUUCAAAGAUCAACUGAGGAAGAAAGUCUCCAUGUCAUCAAGUUCUGGCGGGAUCUUGAUACAGAAGAAGGUGAUACUGAGAAUGUUUCAACGGACAAAUCUGUUCCUGGUAGGCUCAUGGAGUAUGUGCUGACACAACUUCCUCCCUUUUCAUUCUGGAGAAGCAGUGAUGGUGAUAAUAAAUGAUGACUUUGAUGGUUAGUGUAUUUCAAGAAGUGAUCUGAGGAGCUUCUGGCCUUCUGCUUGUAUUUGGACAACGUGGUUAAAUUUAUUCAGGGAAAUCCUGAAUACUUCGGGUUGGAAAUGGCUUACACAGGUGUCGACUUUAUUACGGAUAAAAUUUCAACAUGUGUACAUACUUGAUACAUAACCUGGCUACUGAAACCAUUAAAACAAUGUAGCCCAUGUUGGAAAUUGAUAAUCUUGAACAUGUUGAGUUCUAAUUAGACAACCCGAAACAUUUAACGAAA